UCUUCAAUUAAGAUAGUAAUGAUGCAAAGAAAUAUAUUUUUUUCUAUUUUGGGAGCGAUUAAUACGCAUUCUAACAAGAUUAACUAUAUAUUUUUAUUGUUAUGCAAUAUAAAACAUAACCUUGAAAGUUAUUGCUGUACUCACACCUACGCUUAUAUUCAUGAAUGUCGAAGAAAAUUGAUUAUUAACAUAAGUUAACAAUAUUUAUAAUAACUCAAUGAGGACUCCAGCGAUACCCUAUAUCACCUCAGUCAUAAAAUUCGGCAAGAAAAAAUAACCUCUCUUAAGUUAAAAUAAUACGUAAGUACUUGUUUUACGACAAUUACAGCCCUAAAUUUAAGCUGCAGUAAAAAGUAAUGAACAAUUUGUUCCCACGCAAUUUCUAUACAUAAGGCGGCAAAAAAAUUUUUGAAUUUUUUAGUUGCAUACAAAACAGCUGUCAUGUCAAAUUGAAACAUAGGUUAUGUUUGUUAAGUACUACUUCCCCUAAAAGUUAGGAAAUGUUCCCUACAUUGAGACCUACUUUUAUAUACUCUGUGCAUUUGUGGGAAGGAGAUAAAAUCUGCAUGUUAUAACAAUUAAAGUAAAAGGUGGAAUGUCAAUCUGUCAGUCAGGAUAUUGAUUUCAGUAGAUGUCCUGCAGCUGCAGUGGGAGGUGGUGUACAUAAUUUUUGUGGACAAUCUCACUGGCUUGAGUGGUCUACUUUUGUUUCCUUGUGACAUUUGUGAGCAACAAGUGGUGUUGAGGCAUUGUUGCCUUUUUAGAAGAAAUUGUGUUAUUAUUUAUAUUUAAAUAGAGACUUUAAAUUAGUAGUUCCAUAAUGGCUUCACCAGAAGAAAAAAAAAAGGUUGAGGUUGUAGUCAUCACGGUUGAGGUUCCCAUUCCCAACCCACCUCUGCCACCUGUAGCUAACGGAGGUAACGGUAACGACAAUCAACCAUCGGCUGUCGAUGGACAUGUCCCACAUUAAUGAUUUAAUUGGAGUAUUGCGUGGGCUCCGUUUAGUCGCGGAAGCUGGUGUGAAGACUCAGCAAGAAGUAUACAAAUUUUUAUGGAGUAACUCUAGCUUGAAGCAAUUAAUUUCCAACUGUCCGACUAACCCACUAGCCUACAACCCUAACCCACCUUCGCCGAAGGAGUUUAUGGAAAGGGCGUUUGUAGUUGCGCACGGUCUUCGACAGUUCGCAGUGCUUCAAGUUCCAAACAUGAGUGCUAACGUGCCGGAGCCCGAAAUCGACCAGCAGAUGAAAGAAGAGAUUGAGGAAUUAAACAGAGAAUUCAAUAGGACCUUCGAUACCUUGAAGAAGAUUCAGAGCAUGGACAGCUCGCCUCCCCCGGCUCCCGCUGUCACGCCUAUUGCUCCGUCUCAGUAUAUGAGCGCAAUGUCGGCUCCCAUCGAGGAGUUGCACGAUCGCAUACAGCGGGCUAAAGACCGGAAGGCGGAGGACAUGAUUCAGGUGGUGGCUUCCUCUAGCCCCACAACGGUGUGGAUAGAUACACCCAUGCCAAGUCCAAGCCCAUCGGAUUCCUCGUCGUCUACCAGCUCGUCGGGGCCUAAGCCUGUGGCUAAGAAGAAGAUCAGAGUUGCUUUGAGUGAGAACUCGAAGGCACGAGUGGUGCCGUCUUCGCGUAUCAGCCGCAUGUUCUCGUUCGGAUCUCUGGCUGCCGGCCUGGGAGUGGGCACCGUGGCCCAGUACGCUAGGAACACGUUGCAGUCUGUGACGGGCCGUGUGGAUGAGUCCGCCAAUGCGUUCUUGUCGCCAGCGAAUGCUGAAAGGAUUGUCGAUACUCUGUGCAAAGUUCGAGGUGCCGCCCUUAAACUUGGUCAGCUGCUUAGUAUCCAAGACGAUUCCAUGAUAUCUCCAGAGUUGCAACAUAUUUUCCAACGCGUGCGUCAGUCUGCGGACUUCAUGCCUUCUUGGCAAGUCGAGAAGGUGAUGAGUGCUCAGCUGGGGCCGGAGUGGCGAUACAGGGUCGCUAGCUUUGAAGACAAACCGUUUGCAGCAGCUUCUAUCGGCCAGGUGCAUCUGGCAGUGCUACAUGACGGUAAAGAGGUGGCGGUCAAGGUUCAGUACCCGGGCGUUGCUAAAGGCAUAAAUAGUGACAUUGACAAUCUCGUUGGAGUCAUGAAGGUAUGGAACAUAUUCCCCAAGGGUAUGUUCAUUGAUAACAUAGUGGAGGUUGCCAAGAAAGAGCUCGCCUGGGAAGUGGAUUACUUGCGUGAGGCUGAAUGUACCAAGAAGUUCAAGAGGCUGCUCGCUCCGUAUCCCGAGUACUUCGUCCCUGAUGUUAUUGAUGAGCUCUGCGCUCCCGAAGUUAUAACGACGGAGUUGAUCGACGGUGUGCCACUGGACAAAUUGUUUGACGCGGACUACGAGACCCGGGUCGACAUCGCUUACAAGAUUAUGCAGCUCUGCCUGCGUGAGAUGUUUGUGCUGCGUUGCAUGCAAACUGACCCCAACUGGGCCAACUUCUUCUACAACCCGAAUACUAAACAGGUUAUCCUGUUAGAUUUCGGUGCUACUCGAGAGUACUCGAAGGAUUUCAUGGAUCAGUACAUUGAGAUUAUUCACGCGGCAUCCCGCGGUGACAGGAAGGCCAUACUCGAAAUGUCACGCGAGAUGAAGUUCCUCACCGGCUACGAGUCUAAGAUCAUGGAGGAGACUCACAUUGACACGGUGAUGAUAAUGGGAGAGGUGUUCACGAGUGAGGGCGCCGGGGAAUUCGACUUCGGCACGCAGCAGACGACACGCCGCAUCCAAGCCCUCGUGCCCACUAUACUCACGCACCGGCUCUGCCCACCACCAGAAGAAAUAUACUCCCUGCACCGCAAGCUAUCUGGAGUUUUUCUCCUCUGCUCUAAGCUCAAAAUCAAAAUGAACUGCCGGAACAUGUUCCAGGAGAUCUAUGAGCAGUACAAGACCAACAGCUUCAGAUAGACCUUAGCGACCGUGGCUCAGGUGUGGUCCAGCUUCAGAUACACAAUAUUCAACAGCGACUUUAUGGCCAAUUUCGACAUUUUCAAAUAAUUCCCAUUAAUGCAUUCGUAAUAGUCAUAAUAAAUGUUUACAUGUAUUCAAUUCAGAGUGUAAUAGCUCAACUUGGUGGAUCGAUGUUUUAUUGAUGUGUGUUUUAAAUUAAGAAAUAUUUCGGGUCAUAGAAGCAGGGUUUCCCAAAUGUGGUAUACCGGUUGCGUAGGUACAAUGGUGGUCACAUGCGCCUGACCACUUAGUUAAUGUUUGCUUGCAUCUGAUGAGAUCAGCUCUGAACUGGAAUUGGCGAAUGAUGCGGGGUGGUGGGCGGGGCCGGCGACGACGCAGGUAGCCCAACAACAUCACUAAGUUGCAACAUUAUCGCUAUUCUAUUGUAUCUAAUGUUUUUGCUGGGUGCAAGCAAUAACAUUUUAAAAUGAUCAAGCGAAUCUGUCCUCCACUGUACACGCCUUCAUGUGGCGAUGCACGCUUGUCUGUAAUUUGCGAAACGAGAACAUGGACUUGAGCGCGUAUAUGGAAGUACUGCGAAUAUUCGCUAGUCUUUGUGCACAUUGAAGUGCCCCAGUGACCCAUUACCCGAGUUGCUACGACCCGAGAUACACAUGCAUUUUAACAAGUAGUACAAUACAUGAUUGUUGUCGACCGUAGAAGUAUUAUAAUCUUACUAAACAUAAUAAUGAACAGUAAAUUUUGUUGCUGAUUUACGACGAUGUAGGCGAUGUACCAUGAACAAUAAUGUUGUAAGUUAUUUUAAAUAUCGAUACCUUAAUUGGCAAACCAGCUAACUCCUUAUGAGCAAAUUUUUCAGGAGACACUUAAAACUCUAUCAUACCUUUUGUUCCAUACGAUGUAAACAAAAAAAAAAUGUUGACGAAAUGUGGAGUUGGCUGGUUUGCGAAUUAAGGUAUCGAUAUAAUUUUCAUCUGGAGGCAUUUUUGUUACCUAUUCGAGUUGUCUAGGUUAAGUUGUACAAUAAUGCAAUCGAUCAUUUUUUAACAGUGUUGUUCGUAUGAGUACUUGAGCGGGAGUGGUCUUACUUCUUGCAUCUGGGUACUUUACGUGACAUUACUGUGAUUUUCGUUUCGACUAACUGAACAAAACGUAACCAUAGUCAUAGGAACGUAACAUAGCGCGUUAACAAAUAAUCUGGUUGUGAUCCACAAUACUUUUGAAAUCCAACCUGGUAAGGCAUGCAGUGUACCGUACUAUAUUUUUGGAUAUUUCCACAUGGCACUAAGCAGUCGAGACAAUUACAAUAAUUUCACCGACACAUUGUAACAGAAACGUCCAUUUUUGAACAAAUUUUAUUCUAUUUUAAGGUUUGACUGAUAACUGAUAACGGUUAGGCGUUGCAUUUUUGUGACGUCUACUACUGUUUAUUUAUAUCAUCAACUUUGGGGAACAUUUUAGUUAGAAUUAAGUAAUAUGUAUUUAUUUUUUUUAUAUCAAAAAGUUAAAUGAAUUACACAAUCCGCAUUCGAUUAUGAUAUUGAUAGGGCUGGCCCUGUGCGAUUGUCAUACUAGAGUGACUGUGGAAUUUAUUUAUUUAUCGUUUUAAAUGUACAAAGUACUUAAAUUAGGUUUCCAAAUACUUGGUAUUUAUUUUGUUAUUGGUGCUGAGCUUGUAGUGGAAGCACAAACACUGUUACUCCAUAGUAUUUACGUCGUAUGCUGAGUUUUUCUUGUUUAGUUGGCUUUUUAUUGUUACUGAUGUCGUGAGACCGUAGUAGAUGGUUUAUAAUUGUAAUAAAUGACCCUUGUGUGACUCUAUCCUGCUGUAUCGAUGUAUCCCCCCCUCCUGUCGACCCAAACACCUAAGCCACGUGUUUCCUUUCAAUAACUACCUCUUCUCUAUAAGACUACCUUGUGAUCGUAUUGAAAUUUAGUAUAUUAGCAAAUUAAUGUUGUGUAGUAACAAUGUUUGUAAAAUGUUUAUUAAUUGUAUAACAUCUGAGUAAAUAAAUAAACUCGUUGUGGACUA